AUGUCCAAACCAAAGGAUAAAAAGGCUUCUUUUGCAACGCCUCUACCCCAGUCGACUCGCUCAGACGUCCUCGAGUGGCGGUUCCCCAAGCCGUUCAACCAGUACGUCCUCACAGGCCGCUCCCGCGCAGCCUGGCACACCUCCUUCGUCAUCCCCCAGCUCAACCUUCUGCUCGACGCCGGCCUGGUCGUCAACCGCCAUCGGCCCAAGCAUGUCUUCCUCACACACGGCCACAGCGACCACACGCUGCUGUCGCCGGCCUUUGUGAAGCGGGAAGAUCCACCGGACGUCUUUUGCCCGGCGGGCAUGAAGAGGGUCUUUAAUGACUUCAUCCUCUCCAACACGAUGCUCAAUUUGGGAGGUCUUAUCCAGACGGAGGAUGCAGAGGAGUACGGGAUGGAGAUGAACGGGCACGCCUCGAAUGUGUGUGAGCCCGACGACAGGGAGCGGACGCCGGGUGAGGCUGCCUACCUGAAUACGCACCACACCCAUGGAGUCCGGCACGGGGAUGUCGUGCCGCUCCGGCGUCUCAAGGGAAUCACCGCCACUGUGUUCGACUGCGAUCACAGCGUCCCCUGCGUUGGGUAUGUCUUCAAUACCACGACGAACCGUCUCAAACCCGAAUACGCAUCCGUCGAGGGAUCAGAACUCAAGAAACUGAGAUUAUCGGGAGUGGAGAUCACCGAACCGUACACCACCCCGAUGUUUGCAUUCCUAGGCGACACAACGGCAGAGACUCUCGCCUCGGAGCCGGGGUGGCUGCGCGGCGGCAUACCCGUGGUGAUAACGGAAUGCAGCUUCCUCCUCGAGGAGCACAGGGAGCAGGCCAUCAAGACGAAGCACACCUACUGGCCCGACCUGGAGAAGGUUAUCCGGAGAUGGCCCAAGACGACGUUUGUGUUGACGCACUUUAGCCUGCGCUAUAGUGAGAAGUCUAUCACGGCCUUCUUCGCCGAUCUACCUGACUGUCCAGAGAACAUCGUGGUUUGGGCGGAUGAGGAAGCUUGA